CACUGCUUCCCGAGUAUCAUGGCUGACCGAGACCGUAAUCGAGACCGGGAAAGGGAACGAAGGCGAGACAAGGAUGACCGUGACCGUGACCGUGAACGUGACCGAGAACGGGAUCGAGUUCGGAGCAAGAGAUCCCGUUCGCGGUCACCUGACCGUGCUGCCCGCUCCCGCCACACUCGCUCUCGCACUCGCUCCCCUGACCGGUACCGCUCUCCGUCCCGUUCCCGCUCUCCAGCGGACCGCUCUCACAGGCGACGUCGCCACCACCGGACCCCUUCCCCGGACCCUCCAAGAAAGCGGCACCGGAGAGAAUCCCCCGAGGACGCGAAGAAGGCGGUUUCUGACUUCGUGGACGGGAUCGUGAAGGAGCAGCAGCAGAAACAGAAGGAGAAUGGUGCUGGAGUUGAAGGAGAAGCAGCUGAGACCAACGAGGACGAGAUGGAAAUGAUGAAGAUGCUUGGGAUUCCCACAGGAUUCGAUUCCACCAAGGGCAAGCCUGUGCCCGGUGCUGACGUCAGCGGCGUCAGAGCCGUCACCAAGCGCCAGCCGAGGCAGUACAUGAACCGCCGUGGUGGCUUCAAUCGCCCAUUGCCUGCUGAGAGGAAUCGAUAGAUUGCCCCUAGGGUUUCUUUGAGAUGGUUUAUGGUUUUGGUGAAGGUUCACUAAUCCGCGCUGUGACGGUGUUCAUUUAUUUGUGCUAGCUCGAUGUGCAAUUUAAUUGCUGUUGGGUAUGUUUUAGUUGUAGUACCUAAUUGUGAAGUAGUAGCACUCAACCAAUUUCUUGUGGAUUUAACCGCAUGCAAUGCAGGUGCUUUGAUUGUGAAGUCGAGUGAUUCUGGAUUGGACAUCAUGGCCAUGGAAGUUCAUAUUCUUUCUGACCUAAACUAUUAUUAUCCCAAAGUGCGGUAGUUUUAGGCCGAAAACAAACAAGUUUACGCCUGUGAGAAAGAAGAGGAAAUAGGGAUAAAGAAAUACAUGCUAUAUGACAAUAUGUGCCUCCUUUAUUUCCAAAGUUUAGUUGGUCUUACUCUCAAAAAUCAAAAUCUUGGAAAUUUAGGGUGCGCUUUUUGUUUGUAUUUUUAUUUUCUGUUUUUAUUUCCAGUGUUUUUAGUUUUUUGGAUUUUAUUAAGGAAAAAGUAAAAACAGGGAGUGAAAAUAAAAAACGAGAUUUUAUUGUUUUCACUAUUUUUACUGAUUUCUUUACAAAAUCUAAAAAACACUAAAAAUACAAACAGAAAAUGAAAAUGCAAAUCAAAUGCACCCUUAGUUAUCCUUAUUCUCACUUAUCAUCAAACAUUAAAGUCAACCUGAAAUUU